AUUUUAGUAUUUUAUAGAGAAAAUUAUUAUUAGUUAAAAAUAUGGAAAAACAGCGUGCUAAUUCUGGGCCCAAACCAAGAUUGAAAAGAGCUUUACCUUUACCCGGUGAUAUGAUUGCUUUGGGAAAGAUGCCAGGAUCAAAAAUUCGUCCAGAAUUAGAUACAGGAAAACAUUUACAAGCUCAACCUCGAAAACCAACUAUGUCAACUAUAGCUCAUAAGCGUAAAGAUAUAGUUUCCCAACCUGUGCAACCAGUUACAAAUGUAAAGCCCCCACGUGAUUUCUCUCCUUCAUUUCUCAAAAAUAAAGAAGGAAGUUCUUUGAAGUUGAUUGAUUCUGAUUACACUCCCUUUGUUAAACUUAUAGAAUCACAAGCUAUGGAUUUAGAAGAUGAAGUAUUAACAGCUCAUGCCAAUCAAGACUUGGAUAAAAUUGAAGGUUUAUUGUGCAACGCUCUAAAGUUGCUAAAGGCAAACAGAAUGAAACCAGAUCCAAUGAUUUAUCUUACUCUCAUCUACUUAGCAAAACUUGAACCAAUUUUUUUUCAAUCAAAAGCUGUUGUGGAGUAUCUACUUGCUUUAUUGAGAAAAGAAAAUACUGGAAUGGUAGUAAAAACUAAACCUAAUACUCUUCUAUGUGUUAUGGCAUGCAACAUCUUGUUUCAUGCAUUCAGCAAUGAAACCUCAUGGCCUCAAUCUUUUUUGAAGGUCUAUGUUGAAGAUGCCUUGGGCGAUCGAUCUUGGGUUGAUAAUGAAAACAACAAUGAUUUUGUUUCAAACAUUACUUCUGUGUUUGGUACUCAACCUCUUCCCAAACAAGCAAAAACUGAGGAGGAGAGGCUUUUGGCUGAGGCUGGUAUUUUCUUGGAACUAAGUGAUUCAGCAAAUGCUGUAAAUAGAUAUGCUACACAAAAGGAUGAGCAAGCCAUUUUUAGUUACAUUAAUGAUGUUGUCAAAGAACAAGUUAAUAAACGACAAGUUGUUGACAGUGUUUCACGAAAUUUAUUACGCUUCCUUGUAACAGUUUGUGGAUAUGCUGAUGUUAGGUUAUUAGCAUCACAGAAAAUUGAAACUUGGAUACAAAAUCCUAAAUUGACCAGACCUGCUCAAGAUUUGUUAAUGUCUGUUGCUUUAAACUGUAAUACACAUUCGCUAAUAGAUAUUGAGGUUAUCGGAAAUCUCAUUCGUAUGCGAUUGAAACAGAAACCACUUGUCAACCAUUAUAUUUUAUGCAUAAAAGAGUUAUUAACACAACAUCCUGAUAACUUAGGAACUGUGAUGAAGCAUAUUGUUUACAAUGAACUCAGUCAACAAAGAAAUCCAAACAAUAUGAGUCUUCUUAAUGUUAUUUUUUCUUGUGAACCUGAAAAAUCUGCUCAGUAUUUAUCAACUGUUUUCCUGGAACUACUAUGCAACAGAGAAGAUUACAUUCGAGCCAUCCGAGGACUUUUAAGAGAAAUUGUUCGUACCUUAAAGUAUGAAGUUAACAUGGUUGAAUUUUGCCGUAGUUUAAUGCAGGAAAGAUGUGAUUCUACUUUCACUGAUUUGGAUCAAAUUUAUAAGGAUCGAAUUUUUUCAUCUGUUAUUGAUCUAAUAUGUUUGGGAUGUUUUUUGAGCAUCUCUCCACAAGUUAAGGAGUUAUCCAACCCCCAUUCUCGAGAAUUGAAAGACUUGACAAUUUUAAAAAAUUUUCAAAAGAAUAUAUCGAUAAUCCAGAGAGAUGCAGUAUGGUUUUUUCAUACAAAAGUAUUGCCAAUGUAUCGAUGCAAUGAAAAAGAUUUUGUUUUAGGACUACGCCAUAUUUUGUUCCUUGAUACAGCUGAGCAGUAUUGCAGUAAAGAUAGCUGGCCACCUGAAUCAGAUCGUCAGUCAUUUUUACAAUUGGUUCAAGAUGUACCUUUAAUGGAAGACUGUUUGAUAAGACUGCAUUUAAUUGGUUUUGCAAAUGAUCUUCCAAUUAAUUGUGCAGCCACUCUAGAUAUUAUUGAAAAGGUUGUACUCCGUGCCGCUAAAUUAAACUCUGGUAGCUGUGGAAUAGUUAUUGAGCGAACUGAAGUAAUCAAUAUGCUUUUAAAUUUAUCUGCCUAUACUCAUCCAAAAGACAUCAAUUUGCCUGUUGGAUAUAAUCCUCCAAAUCUUGCAAUUAGUAACUUAUAUUGGAAGGCAUGGUGGGUGCUGCUGGUGCUAGUUGCAACAAAUCCUUCUACAAUAGGUGUUCAAGUUUGGCAAGAUUAUCCUACUGCCAGAUGUAUGAUGGAGAUGAUAAUUACAGGGGCUUAUUCCUUCCCUCCACUUGCAGUUCAAGGAUUUUCUUCUGAAGAAAUACAGGCCAACGAACUUCAGGUUUCAAGAGCUGAAAAAGAUGAUAUUAUUGAGUUUGAAAGUCAUUUAGCUGCUGCAACUAGUGGUGCUAUUAUAACAGAAAGUACUAGUCUGUUGAUUAGCCAACUAAUAAGUCUUAAACCACUUGGUCUUCCUCGCCAACCACCAGCUACUGUUAUUGACAAGUUAAAACAACUUAAUAAAAGUCUUCAGCUAAACGAGUUACUUUGUCAAAGUCGAUCUCCUGACUUUUUACUUUAUAUUAUUCAAGCACAAGGUACUUCAAAAGCAAUGCCAUGGUUAGCUGAUCUUGUUCAAUCAAGUGAAUCUUCAUUAAAUACUCUCCCUGUUCAGUGUCUCUGUGAAUUUCUACUUAUGAAGCAUGUUGUUAACAUAAAAAACAAACCAAUAAAGCCAAAAGUUGCAUUAAGACUGCAAGAUCUUUUAAUUGGAAGCGAGGCAACCUUAGAAUCUUCUAAGGAGCUUGUAAAAUAUUUUAUAAGUCGUUGGUCAUCAUCUGACAUGGCUGAGCGUGAUAUAUCUGUUGAGGGCUUUCAAUCAAUUCUUUUACAGAGGCCCAAUAGUUCAAGCAACGGGAAUGAAGAACAAAUGGAAACUGAUGAAAUUAAAGAGAAAAAGUACAACAAAAUGAUGAUAGUGAAGGACAAAACUUAUACAUGGAUUCAAGAGAAAUUAACAAUGCUGCCUUAUUUUCAAGAUCUUCUGCCAUAUUUAAUUAAAGCAUUUCAAAAAGCUUUGUGUGUAGAAGUUAAUGUACCACGGUUAGAAGCUUAUAUUUCGUUUCUGAUCCAAUAUAGCUUGAAUCAAGUUCCUCGAUUCUUUCAUAAGUUUAUAAAACAUUUAUCAUACAUGAUUGUCCGACGUAAAACAAUAACUCAAAAGCUUCUUUACAAAGAAGAAAAAUAUGUCAAAUUACUGGAGGUUUUGGCUUUUUAUUUUCAAUCAUCUUUAUUGCAAAGUUCUGGUAUGAAUAUAAAACAAACUAAUGAGCAUGUAAUAGUAACAUGGAGUGCUAGUAGCCCUCAUAGUAACAAUGCAAUGACUGUUUUGAUAGAAGCUGUACAGGCUGCAUUUUUUUUAAUGGCAAGAAUAUCAGAUCAUCAAUCAGACAGUUAUAAAUUUGUCAUGGAUUUAAUUUGUGCAAAUGAUGUCAAGUUUUCACAAAAUAUUUUCAACACUUUUUUAUGCGAUAUUUUACUUAAAUCUCGACACCCACAUUUAGCAAAAACUGCAUUGGAUUUAAAGAAUUUAAAAGAAGUGCUUGCAUUAACAAACAUUUCUGGUUUUCCCUUAGAAAGUAUAAACAUGAUUUUAAAUAGACUAGAUGUUUAUUGUAUGGGUGACGCAAAAAGUGUUCAAAAAAUUGUCAGCCAAAAUGGGCAAAUGAAGAUGUGUUGUCAAUGGGUUGAGCUAAACUGGGAGUUAGGUGCUAUUGGCGGAAAAAUUUUCUAUGAAUCAUUGGAUGAUGUAUAUAAAAAUAAAUUUGGUGCAAUGACUGUUGAUGAAAUUGACAACAACCUUAAUUCAUGUAAUUUAUUAAUGGAAACAGAAGAAAAAAAAGAUACUGAAAGAGUUUGUGAAUUCAAUGAGCAAUUAGUAAAAGAAUGUCUAGAACAGUUUUUUGUAGGACACUCAAGCAAAAUGAACUUUUACAAUUUGAAAAAACAGUUAGCGUUUAGCAAUGUCCAAAAGAAAGACGGAAGAAUACCAGAAAAGAUUUUUUUUUCACUGAAAGAAUUAAUUGCAAAUAAAAAGUUUCUAGAUUGUUUUUGUAUAUCUAAUCAGUCAGCCCCACUCCUCAAACUUCUUGUGCUUCACUUUCAACAAACUGAUUCUUUUUUGGAUUUUUUAAAAACUUUAGUCUUGUGUUCAGCUCACAAAAGUAAAUCAAUGGAUAUUGUACUUAAUAGUUUAUGUAAGAGAUUCAGGAUAAUAGAAGAGCAGAAAACUUCUCCAAAAAUUACAAAAACAUUAGGAGAUUUUAUUAGGUCAGGGAAUAAGGCAACAUUGCAUUGUUUGCAAUUUGUUAUAAAUGAAAUAAGGCGAAUUGAAGACAUCACAGAAGUAUCAAGAGAUCAGUGGGUUUCAGUUGGAAAAUUAAUUUCAAGUUCUUUUGAAUCAAUGUUUGAGAGGUUCAUGCAAGUCUUAUGUGCUGGUGCAAUUAACGUUCAAGCUAGAAGAUUAUGCAUUGAUAUUCUUAUUGAGUUAAUAAAUGUGGUGGAUCAUAAAUUUAUUGGGAUACUUGUGACAUUUUUUCAUAUGCUUGAUCCAGAGAUAGUUUGUCUAAUUCCAUUAAUGCAGCGGCAGCUUAUAUUCAAGCAUCAAACAGGAACAGCAGGCUGUUCUUUCAAAGCUAAAUCAUACUUAAUAUCUCUAUUGACACAUCAGGCUCAAAAUGCAACUUUAGAUGACUGCUUUAAAUGGAUACUUGAUGUGACAUCAGAUGUCAAAGAGUUAAACCCGAAGCAUUGCUUAAAUGUAGUCGAGCUGAUGAUUCAAAAUCCAAGGUUAUGGUACAGAGGAGAGGGUAAAGAAGCUAAGGAACUUUCUGGAAGGCUAAAUGAAUCUGCUGAUCACUUGAAUUUGAAUCUUUCAUUGCAACAAAUUUAUCAAUUCAUUCAAUUUAUUCUUUAUGAAGCAAAUCAGUUAGAAGAAGAAAAAGAAAAUCAAAGUUUUGAUUUAAGACAAAAUACUAUUCAAUUUCGUUUACCUUUGCUGUUUGACUUAGUUGGCCAUCAAACUAAAGUUUUUAAGAAAGCAUUACAACUUACUCGAUUAUCAAAAAGAUUUCCACUAUCGUUAGUGAUGAUAUUUUUGCAGAUGGUUUACAUGCACAAUCCUUUGUUUUUACCAGAUUUAUCACGUGAUUUAACUGAUGUCUGUCAGACACAACAUGUUCAUAACAUUAUCUAUCAACAUAAAAAGACUGAGGUUGAUAAACUUAUUCAUCGAUUGAUAUUAUCAAUAUCUGAACCUGAUGGUUCAUUCUCAUGGGAAGAAAAAUUUCAAAGUGUUUCUGCAAUGAUUAGACGAAUUGCUAGCAAUCACCCUUUGUUGUAUUUAAGGCAACUUCCUGUUAUUUUGUCAUUGCUACAAGGAAAGAGUCGUGUAUCACCAGCAACAUUUCGCAUUACACAGAGCUUUCGUUUAUUUAUGCAUGUUUUAAGCUUGUGUGAUUUACUUCAUUCAUAUAUCUUUAUGCAAAAUGAGUUAUCAAAGAUGAUAAUGGAACUUUUUGUUGAUGUUUUUCUACAACUUGUUCAGUCUCCAUGUCUAAAUCGAGAUCAAUGUACAGUUGUGGUAACUAAAUUAGUUGAACUUGUGAAUGGGUACAUAUCUUCUGGUAAUCCUAAUGCUGCUAAUAUUCUAUCGCAGCAUGAGUUUGUAUUUAUGGACUUAAUGUACGCAUAUCCGACCAUGCAUGGUCUCACUGCUAUAUGCACGUUUAUAAAAAUCAAAGAUAGCACUGUUGGUGCUACAUUAUGUGCUUCAUCAGCAACCACUGUAGAUAAAAGCCAACUGAGCUCAUUAAAAACCAGAUUUGUUACUUAUAAUUCUCAUCAAAAAGAGCUAAUGGAUGUCAUUCAUGAGUUGGACGAAAGUUCAAAAAGAAGAGUUGACAUUUUGGAAUACUUUUCAACUGAAUUAUCUUUAUUAAGUUCAUCUUCAUCCCAAGAAAUACGAAAUGAAUCUCAUUUGCUUUUAUUGAGACAUUGUGUACAUAAACCAAGUCAAGCAGCUAAGUUGAUCAAUGUUUAUUUGGAGUGUUUAGAAUCGAAUGAUCCAGAUAUUGUUUCAUCAGCAAGCAUGCAUUUACCACAGUUUUUACUUUUCGUUGAUGCAAACUGUGGAAAGUUGCUGAAACGAUUAUUCGACAUCUCCACAAAAUACUGUGCUCUAAAUGACACCCAUUUACUUAAAGCGGUUGCAAACUUAAAUAUUGACUUUGUUUAACAUUUGUUAAGUUUUUAUCCAAAUAAAGUUGUAUUAAAUUGUUGUUGAUUUAAAUAAAUAUAUUUAGGGUCUUA